CACAAGAACAAAAACCUCUUAAAAUAAAGGAAAAAUGCAUUAUAUCAAACUGCCAAGUUAGAUAUCAGCCAGAAGAUACCUCUAAUAGUAAAGAGUCCUCAAAUAUGAUAAAUGAAGUUGCUUUAAUGAAUCAGGAUAUUGCUUUCAUAGGUCAGGAUAUUGGUUCAACAUAUGGUGAAACAUCGGAUAAUGAGACAUACAAUUUUUCACCUCUUCCUCAGUCUGAAAAUCUUCAGUUCUUUGUCAAGCAGCUACUUAAAGAUUUUUAUAAUGCAAAAUUAUCUUUGUUUUAUUCUAGUGAAGAUUUGUUAUUCUUUUCUGAUGAUAACAAUAAAAACGAUAACAUGAGAAGUGAUAAAGAUUAUGAAACUGAGGAAGAGAGUGAAGAAGAAGAU